CUAUUAUAUUGGAAGACUCAAAACUGUUUUUAUUCAUCUUGAUUUAAGCGUACCUAUUUUAGUUUCUACCUUCGAUGGCUUGACUUAAUCAUUUCAUAUUCGCAAAUUCAAGACAAAAGAUAUGUGUGUAUAUAUAUGGGGGGAAACAAAGGUUUAUGAGAAAACUACGAGUUUGAAUUCGUAUUCAUUUACAUAUCAUUCCUCUCCAAUCAUCAAGCUUUCUAUAUUUUUCGAAAAUGCCGGAGAAAGUGGUAUUCAAGCUGGAAGUUUUUGAGGAAAGAAUCAAACGGAGAGCUAUGAAAGUUGUAUGUGACUUUCCAGGAGUUACUUUGAUAGACGUGAAGGAAAAAGGUAAACUAAAGGUGAAUGGAGAAUUUGAUAAGUUUGAAAUGACGAAGAAACUUAAGAAGGUAUAUGAAUUUGUUGACAUUAUCGCGGUUGGACCGGAUGGAGAACCAGCGAAAAAUCAGAAGCUGGUUAAAAAGCCUGAACCAAAAGUGAAGAAAGCACCAUCUUACCGUGGUUGGAAUUUGGGUUUCUUUAAGUAAUCGAUUUGAAGUCGUCGUGAUCGGUUUGGUUUCCAUGGACCAUUGUAUUCUAGUAAUAUUUUAUCUCAUUUUUCUGAAAAAUUGUUUGUCCGUUAUAUGUAAUAACUAUGUGGUGCAUAUAUUCAUAUUGGCAUUCUACUAUAUUUUGUUAACCUUAAGUUUUGAU